AUGCGUAUUCCAUACUUCAAUAUCCCAUGUAUUGCCAAUGAAACGUGUUUUCAUGGCGAAUGUGUUCAUGUAGACGAUUUUCUUAUCAGUUGGUAUGAAUUUUGUCUCUGUCAAUCGAGCUAUUCCGGUUACGAAUGUAACGAGCAAACCAAGGUGAAUCGAACGGAUUGGUUAAUUAUUCUGACAUGUUUAAUAUCAUGUCUUACGAUUUCUGUGUGUCUUUCAUGUAUACCAUUUUUAUAUAGCUUUCUAAAAGAAGAUUUUUAUCCACAAAUUAUUGAAUGUACACGUUCGACACCAUACGUUGAAGUCAGUUCACCACAUUCAGUUACAUUAACAGGUAUGCGUGUCUAUCGCAUACCGUCGGAACGUUUAUCAAGACGACGAACAAUUGUUGAUGGACUUAUACCAUUACAUACGAUAUCAUCGUUAGCAUAUGUAACAUCGAAUCGCAAUCUGAGGAAUGAACAGGUUCAUACUUUAACAUAA